AAAGUUAUUCAACACUGUAACAAAAAAGGUUGAGCUUUGAGCCAUGUCAUUGGCUAAGAAGAGUCUGACAGGAAAAUGCAAUGGCUCUUGAGGUCAGGGCAGAGUCUGCUAUAUAUGUAUUGCAACACUUACUGACUCUACAACAGCACUUGCAUGGUGAGCUCUCAUCGCUCAUCUCUGCAGGGACAACAUGAGCGCUUCUGUGGCCGUGUACAGGAAUGUUUACACCGAGGACCGAUUCAAACAGGCCUACGGAUCCGAUGAUGACGCGAGGGGAAGUUUGGGGCUCCGGGAGAAACUCGCCGGGAGGUGCAGGUGUUCAAGGCGAGCCUGCCUCCACCUGUUGAGGCAGAGAGUGCCCAUUUUCAACUGGCUGCCACGAUACAGACUAAAGAAAUGGAUUUUAGGAGAUACUAUAGCGGGACUGACAGUUGGCAUUCUUCACAUCCCGCAAGGCAUGGCAUUCGCUUUGCUCACAUCCGUUGCACCGAUAUUUGGCCUUUACACCUCCUUCUUCCCUGUGGUUCUCUAUAUGUUUUUUGGCACAGGUCGCCACGUGUCCACAGGUACCUUUGCUGUGGUGAGUCUGAUGACUGGCUCUGUGGUCGAACAGUUGGUUCCCACUCCUCUGGAGAUGAACUCAAGUUCAUCUGAAACAGCUGAGUUUGAGGCCCAAAGGAUUGGAGUGGCUUCAGCUGUGGCACUCCUCUCAGGAAUUAUUAUGCUUUGCAUGUUUGGGCUUCAGCUGGGUUUCCUCUCCACCUAUCUGUCAGAGCCGAUUGUUAAGGCUUUCACCAGUGCGGCUGCCUUCCAUGUUACCAUCUCACAGCUGCAAAGCAUGCUGGGAUUGCGGCUUCCCCGCCACACUGGCACCUUCUCUCUCUUCAAGAAUUUAGCGUCAGUGAUGGAAAACCUGCCCCACACCAACAUGGCUGAGCUGCUGAUCUCUAUGGUGUGUUUGGCUGUCCUGGUGCCAGUUAAGGAAAUCAAUAUGCGUUACCGGCAGCGGCUGCGUACACCUAUCCCUGUGGAGAUCCUCACGGUGAUCAUUGCUACAGGGGUGGCCUAUGCCUCCUCACUGGACUCUACUUACAACAUUGAGAUAGUUGGCCACAUCCCAGCUGGAUUCCCAAGGCCACGGAUGCCUGCCUUGCACACUCUUCCUGAGAUCGCUGGAGACACAGUAGCCAUAACAUUUGUUGGUUACGCUGUGUCAGUCUCACUGGCAAUGAUCUAUGCCGAUAAACAUGGAUAUUCCAUACAUCCCAACCAGGAGCUGUUGGCUCACGGUGUCUCCAACACAGUGUCCUCUUUUUUCACCUGUUUCCCCAGCUCAGCCACCCUAGCCACGACUAAUAUACUGGAGAGCGCUGGAGGACACACACAGCUCUCUGGCUUGUUUACUAGUCUGGUUGUGCUGGUUGUCCUGCUGCUGAUUGGACCGCUGUUCUACUUCCUACCCAAGGCCGUACUGGCAUGCAUCAAUGUUACCAGCCUCAGGCAGAUGUUCUUGCAGUUCCAGGACUUACCAGAGCUUUGGAGAAUCAGCAAGAUUGACUUUAUGGUUUGGGUGGUAACCUGGCUGUCUGUAGUGGUACUUAAUGUGGACCUUGGCCUAGCCAUUGGGGUGGUUUUCUCUAUGAUGACCGUUAUCUGCCGCACACAAAGGGCUAGUUGUUCAGUGCUUGGUCGGGCUAGCAACACAGAAAUUUACAGACCCCUGGAGAACCACAGCAAGUGCUAUGAGGUGCCUGGAGUGAAGAUCCUGACAUACAACGGGCCUAUUUAUUAUGGCAACCGUAACUUCUUCAGGGAGGAGAUGAGCAGGCUGCUGGGCCUGACGCCAGAGAAGAUCCGCAGCCGGGAGAAGGCCAGGAAAGCCCUGGAGAAACGGGAGAGAGAGGCCUCCGUCAACACUGUGGAAGGAGGCAUUGCAAACACAUCAUUUUCUUCAGAAAACGAGUUUUUUAAAUCUGAAACAUCUGAGAGCAAUGUUCAGGCAGUGUUAAUCGAUUGCAGCAGUGUGAUAUUUGUUGAUGUUGCUGGAGCACGACUCUUUAUACAGAUGUGUACUGAAUGCCAGAAAGUUGGAGUUCAUGUAUAUUUGGCAAACUGCAAUGAGAGCAUCCUAAAGAUUCUCACAUCAAGCGGAUUAAUGAACUACAUGAACCCUCAACAUAUUUUCGUCACUGUUCAUGACGCUGUAAUGUAUAUUCAGCAGCAGAAGGAAAAACCUCCAGAGAACACGACGACUGUUUGGGUAUGAGGCAGCAGGACAGUGAUGAGUCAUGCUCCCAUCAGUGUGUGUGGGACCAAAAUGACAGAGGGACAUUAAGACUCCUGUUUUAUAAGAAGAGAACAUGUCUCUCAGCUGUAUGCUCCAGCACAGCAUUUGGAGACUGCACUGUAUCCCAACAUUUCAAAUAAGCAGUAGCCUCUUGUAGCACUAUGACAUGAAUUACAAUAAUUAUUACAUUACAGUGUUACCAGUUUUCUCGAUAUAUAUAUAUAUAUAUAUAUAAUAUAUAUAUAUAAAUAUAUAUUAUAUAUAUAUAUAUGUCGGACUCACACUUUAAUGUGAUAUUAGUUGUUCUAUGCAAGCAGUUUAAAUCAAUCAGAUAGAAUAACUCCAUCACAACACUGUUAUCAUAUAUUUAGAACAUGAAGAACAAAUAUGAAGAACAAAUAUGUAAUUUCUUGACUAUAAAACUGUAUAUGACAGAUUUGAAUUAUUCUGUUUAACAGUUGUUUUUGUUCUUUUUUUGUCAUAUAUGCUGGAAUAUUACCAUAGUAAUAUUUAUUUAGUUUCUGAUUGUUGUUUGCAAUACAUAUAAAUAUAAAGUGCACUGAAUAGUUUGUUAAAAUACUUUGUAUAUUUAUAUUAUCUUUUGAAACAUGUGCUUGAAUAUGCUUGAAUAUGCAGUAAAUACCAUCCUGCCUUAAAAUGUUCUGUCUUUUAACUCCAGAGAGACUGCACAAAAUAUUUUAUGAAUGACGGUUGUAUUUGUCAGCAACUGUGCCAUCCACAGGCUGUUUUGACAAUAAAUAUGUUUCCAAAAACA